AUGGCGACAGCCCAUUCAGGGUCAAGGGUACAGGUGCAGAGUGCGCAGAGGGACAGGAUUUUUUCCCAGUGGAGGUGGCCAAGACAGAGAGGAGUAGGCGGGUGGAGAGGCUUUGCAAGGGGCUGGGCUGGAGGGAGGACAGGGAAAGCGGGAAGAACUGGCACCAGAGGUCAGGGGUCCUGGAGGGACCCGAGAACUCUUGCCAUCAGUGGGAUCGCUGAGCAAAAUGGGAAAAGAAAAGGAGAUGAGUUUGCUACCUUAAGUGGUUUCCAUCAGCACCACAAUCCAACAUGCUCAGGGAGGGCCCCAAGGCCAUACUGCUGUGGCGUGGGAGCAGAAAAAGCCUGUGACAGGGAUGUCUUGGGGACUCACUACCAGGUCUGCUUGUACGCCAGCAUCGGGAUUGCUGGGACAAAUGCUGAGAUUAUGCCCGUCCAGUGGGAAGUCCAGACAGGACCCAGAGAAGGAAUCGACUCGGGAGAUCAUCUCAGGGUGGCCUCUUUCAUCUUGCAUCAUGUAGGUGAAGACUUUGCAGUGAUAGCAACCUUGGAUCCUGGGCCCAUUCCCAGGAACCGGGAUGUCUAUGCCAACUUCAGUGCCAAGGCCACGCGAGAAGAGAAUGUUCGGAAGUACGUUGAGGAGUCCAUCGAGAAACAGAGCAAGCGACACCAGUACGACAUCAGAACCUACAGUCCCAAGGGGAGCCUGGGUAAUGCUUGGCACCGGACUGGAUUUCGUGAAACGUCCAACAUCUUUGACUUUUCCGCCGGCGUGGCCAUGGGGGCUAGCAUCAGCGUUACCUGGACUGUCGGUCAGGAGAAGACCCCUGCCAACCGUGACCCCUUUCUGGUGACAAGAGCCCUCACCCACACGUGUCUUCUCAGCAAAACUGGCAAUAAACCCUUCCAGAACAAAAACGAAGUGGACUAGACUUGUAGCCAUCAAACCCCUCCUAGUUCUCCAUCUUGCCUCCAUGUUUGCCCCUUCUUGGCUCUCCUAAUAGCUGUAACUCAAAGGGUGGAAUAUCAAGGUCGCUUUUAUCCCUCAUGCCAGGUAAUAUCUCUUGUUUUCUUUCGCCAGGGUCAAGUUCUUAAUCUUCUUACAGCCCCCACCCCUUUCCUCCCCGUC